AGGAACAUGGACGACCUCUGGCCUGAUGACGAGGAAAUAGACAUGAUUCGGAAAAUGGCCCGAGAUUCCCUACUCGACCAGUGGUUGACAUACAUUAACGAGAAACACUCUAAAUCUUCCGAAGAGGAGACGACACAGCCCGCACCGACAUCGCAGAUUUCUGCGGAACGUCUUCGGAAAGAAGACGACGAUAAACCACAACCCGAUACGCACUCCACUCCAGAAAAUAUUGAACAAACCGUACCUGCUCCCAAUGAGUUAGACGAGACAAAUAUG